CGUCGGAUAAAGCUGUGCGAUGAAUGAGACGGGAGACUGACAGAGGGCAGAGGGGUGGAUGAUGAUGACGAUGAUGAUGAAGAUGAAGGAGGAGAAGGAUCAAGCCAACGAAGCAUCACCGUCGUAGUUUCUCGUCACCUUCAUGCCUCAUUUGGAGAAAUACCGAGAAAAAAAAAUAGCACGUAAAUACUCCUCCGUACAGAUGCUGGGGCUCUCGCCGACGUAAGCCAUCGGGUGAAGCAGAGCUGCUGUCUAAUCUCAGGGGAGGACGGAACGUGAUGGUAAAACCCGGAGAGGGAACCAGAUUUCUUUUGUAUCAUCUCCAGGAGCAACGGAGAGAAUGGAGCGCCGUCUGAAAGGAAGGUGUUUGUCGCCUCCGAGCUGCAGUAAAUGCCUCACAUGCAGUAAAACUCAGUAAUAUUUCUCAGCGGGAGGCUUUUUUUUUUGGUUUAAUGGCACGUCGGACUAUGGUGAAAAAUAAGCGACUAAAGCUGGGAUUUAUGAACUCACGCGGCUUGUUAAAAUAGGAAUGUGAAUAUUUUUUCCCCCUUUUUUUUUUUCUUAUUCAUCCCACUUCUUGUGAGAUUUGACACCAGCUCCUUCUAUUUAUAAGCGAGCUAAAAUCGUAUUGGUCAAGACUCGGUAAUGUUUCGAACACUUUUACCAGCAUUUACUGUCGAGCCUUUCAGUAUUUUUUUUUCCCCCUCCGCAACUUUCAACUUAAAAUAGCCUAAUUCUGCUCUAAACCAGGCUCCGUUCGCUGUCAGCCAGCUCCAUAAUCCGUUAAAGUCGAGCAGCUUGCUUAUUUGGCUAACGGUAGCAGCAACUAGCGUCUGUGCUGCUGUUGUGUUGUCGGUCAUCAUGCAUGCACCGACACGUUUCGCUCCGACGAGACCAGCCGAAAGGAUGUGCCCAAGGGCAUAACAGCACAGCCAGCCAUGUCUGAGUGAGAGACCGCAGAGCGGUCCAGAACCCCGCAGCGAGCAGAGCAGAGCAGAGCGGCUUUAUUCAGAGGGGGAAGAGAGCGGAUCAACAUCAGCAGCAACUAGCCCGUGGACUGGAUCAUUUCCGACCCAACUUGGCACCCAGACCGAGCAGAAAUGGGUGAGCAGCCCAUCUUCAGUACGCGGGCCCACGUCUUCCAGAUCGACCCGAGCACCAAGAAGAACUGGGUUCCUACGAGUAAGCACGCCGUCACAGUCUCCUACUUCUUCGACAGUACCAGGAAUGUGUAUCGGAUCAUCAGUCUGGACGGCUCCAAGGCUAUCAUCAACAGCACCAUCACCCCCAACAUGACCUUCACCAAGACGUCGCAGAAGUUCGGCCAGUGGGCCGACAGCCGGGCCAACACCGUCUACGGCCUCGGCUUCUCGUCCGAGAGUCACUUGAGCAAGUUUGCAGAAAAAUUCGCCGAGUUCAAGGAAGCGGCCCGGUUAGCGAAGGAGAAGUCCCAGGAGAAGACGGAGCUCAGCAGUACGCCCUCGCAGGAAUCUGCACCAGGUGACCUCCAGUCACCUCUGACCCCAGAGAGCAUCAACGGUACAGACGAGGACAGAGUCACACCGAACACGCCGAAGCACAGCGAAGCCAGAGCAGAACCGGCCCAAAAUGCUUUACCGUUCUCUCACGGUUCCUCGAGCAUCAACAAGCACUGGGAGGCCGAGCUGGCGGCGCUGAAGGGGAACAACGCCAAGCUGACGGCGGCCCUGCUGGAGUCCACAGCCAACGUCAAGCAGUGGAAGCAGCAGCUGGCGGCCUAUCAGGAGGAGGCGGAGCGGCUACACAAGCGGGUGACGGAGCUGGAGUGCGUGAGCGGCCAAACGACGGUCAUCAAGUCUCAGAAAACGGAGCUGAACAGAACAAUAGAGGAGCUGGAGGCGGCGUUAAGGGCCAAGGAGGAGGAGCUGGAGAGACUUAAGGCGGAGGUGGAGAGUGCCAACGAGUUUAAGUUUCAAAAAGACGCCCUGACACAGAGACUGAAGGAGACGGAGUCGAGGAACCAGACGCUGGAGGCGCAGCUGUGCGACCUGGAGCAGCGGCUGGAGAGCAGCCAGCUGGAGCGGGAAGCCUACGUGAAGAGCCUGCGCUCCCUGCUGGAGCUGCUGGACAGCAAGAUCUUCGAGCUGACGGAGCUGCGCGACACGCUGGCCAAGCUGGUGGAGGGCAGCUAGAGCUCCUCCACCGCCCGACGUCGUCACCAACACAACUUGAAAUCUCUUCUCUCUCUCUUGUUUUUUUUUGUACACGUUAAAGAGUUUACACGACUUGAUGCAUUAGCGGUACACAAACUUCGCCACUUCAGAGCACUCGGAUGGUUUACAAACAGCCAAGCGAAGCCUUUUCUUUGCUCCACUGUGGAAAACCUUCUCAUUGUAAUUUAGAUUAUUAUUUUUUUUGACCACCAUGAUAUGCUAAUCGACUGCGCUUCAGUGGAACACCGGAGCCGCCGCCUCGACUCCACGAUUACGCUUCGACGUUUUUCCUCACUUGUUCACUGAAAUCAGCCAAACUCGCAGGAUGAAGAGAUAAUCACAGGAACUGCCACACGAGGAUGUCGGUUCGUCUUAUAUUCUUCUACGAUUUAUGAGCAAUACGCUAAAGGAGGGACUGCGAACUUUUCCACUCUCACUUUCAGGUAACCUUCCUGCUCCUGCCGACUGGUUUCAACCAAAAGCGAUUCAGGAUUUUCUUCAGUCUCUUCUGUUUGUGUGGGUGAAUCAAAUUGUUUCUUUCCGGUUUGUUUCCCCCCCCCCCCUUUUCGAUGCAUUUUGAAGUGCAAUGGUUUGAAUUGGGUUUUUUUUAUUAUUAUUUAUUACUAAAAUAUUUAGAAUAAUAAACAUUGUAAAAUGUUGAUUUAAUUUUAUUGUCUGGUGCGUGGCUGUGAAGAUGGUUUCAUUUCCGAGAGCUUAAGGAAAUCGUGACGUAUACGACCGAAUUAGUUUGUUGGUUUUUUUUCUUUUUGCCAAAUACUGUUUGUUCCUGUACAGAUCUGAACUCUUGCUGAUGUUGCCUUGGGCACCAAGAUGCAUCAAUGGUAGCUAACUGAUGGUAUGUUUGGGCUUUUUAUUUAUUUUUUCCUUGUGGGAUUACCUGUUGCCAAAAAUGAAAGAAUAUGCUACAGUAUGAACACCUGCAGAACACUAAUUUAAGGGCUUGUUCUCGGUUCGGGUCAAACGUGGGGUGAUUUUAAGCGGCUUCUUUAAACUUUAGAGGCGACCAUGUGUGGCGUUGUUGCUGAAAAAGUCAUUUGAAGAAAAAAAUUUUAAAUGUGGAGUGAAGACACAUGCUGAUAAAACACAAAUUGUAAUUUUAAGUUUAUAUUAAAAGAAAAUCUGAUGAA